AUGGAUGUGCUCCGGAGAUCCUCUGCGUUCGCCUCCGAGGUCCUGGAUGUGUUUGACCGAUCGCUGACGGAGAGAGAGCUGGUGUCUCAGUCCAAAGCUCUGUGCAGAGACUACAUCCUGUCUCGGCUCCACCAGAACGGGCUGGGCUGGUCCAAAACUGAAGUGGACUUCUCUCCAUCCUCCAAUGCAGCGCUCGCUGAAGCGUCUCUGGUGCUUGUUUGUCUUGGCGACGAGUUGGAGUGUAUACAGCCCGGUCUGUACAGGAACGUGGCGCGGCAGCUCAACAUCUCCGUCGCCAUGGAGAGCAUGGUUUCAGAUGCCUUCCUCGGCGUGGCAACAGAGAUCUUUUCGGCAGGGAUAACAUGGGGUAAGGUGGUCUCCAUGUACGCCGUAGCGGGAGCUCUGGCGGUGGACUGUGUCAGAUACGGCCAUCCAACCACGGUUCACAUCUUGGUGGACAGUCUGGGACAGUUUGUCCGCAAAUUUCUUGUUCCCUGGCUGAAGAGGCGGGGUGGAUGGAUGGAGAUCACAAAGUGUGUAGUGAGGUUGGAUCUCUCCCCGCAGCGCUUCUGGUUGUUCUCCAUCCUGGAGUCCCUCAAGUAUUUCCUCACCACGCUGUACGUCUGCAUCAUGAAAGAGCAGUGA